UUAAGUCAAGCGGGUGAUUCCGAACGUGAUAAUUAUUGCAAUUACAUACGUUAUUGGUUAUUUGAGCAAAUAAGUGUAAUUUAUACUAGCGAAUCUACAAACAUUGAUGAUGAAUCUUUUUUUAAAAAACUUAUUGAUGCAUGGAAAGUCAUUAGCACUGCAAGAUUAAGUGGCAAAUGUAAUCCGGGGAAUAUAAAAGGUGUUAAAUUAAAUGAAUUAAAAAAUAGGAUAUUU